AUGGCCCUCAGGAUCUCCUCCAAGCGUGUUUGCGCAGCGCUGGGCGCUACCAAACCAAGGUCAACCGCGAGUUUCAUUCAGAGUCGAUAUGCCUCUUCAGCGACAGCAGCCUCAAGUCUACCCGACAGCGUCAAGAAUGCCAUUGAGGUACCUCAUGACUAUAUACUGCUUGAAAGCAACCAAUUGACUCUCGAUUACCAGAAAGAAGCCUCCUUGCCCACGCCCGACCCACCCGCUGACUCCCAAACUGCCCGACUAGUAAACGAUCAGAUGCCUUACAUGGUCCCGACCUAUGUCCGUCCGCCGCCAAUGUUCCACAGGGGAGAAGGCUGCUACCUCUGGGAUAUUGAGAACCGCCGGUACCUAGACUUCACAGCCGGCAUCGCUGUCAAUGCGCUCGGUCACGGCGAUCCCGAGAUGGCGAAGCUCCUGUACCAGCAGGCCCAAACCCUCGUCCACACCUCCAACCUCUACCACAACCCCUGGACGGGCUCCCUCUCCAAGCUCCUAAUCGACAAGACCACCUCCUCUGGCGGCAUGCACAGCGCCAGCCGGGUCUUCAUCUGCAACUCCGGUUCCGAAGCCAACGAAGCAGCCCUAAAGUUCUCGCGCAAAGUCGGCAAGACCCUCGACCCCUCGGGCUCCAAACACGAGAUCGUUUCCUUCCACAACUCCUUCCACGGCCGCACCAUGGGCUCGCUCUCCGCGACGCCGAACCCGAAAUACCAGAAACCCUUCGCGCCGAUGCUGCCGGGAUUCCGAUACGGGACCUACAACGACAUUGGCUCGAUAAACGAGUUGGUGACGGAGAAGACGUGUGGGGUUAUCAUAGAGCCCAUACAGGGCGAAGGCGGCGUCAACGUCGCUUCCCCGGAUUUCCUCCUCGCGCUGCGCCGCCGCUGCAACGACGUCGGCGCCGUGCUCAUCUACGACGAGAUACAGUGCGGGCUGUCGCGGACGGGGCAGCUGUGGGCGCAUGCGGCAUUGCCGAAGGAAGCGCAUCCGGAUGUCCUGACCACGGCCAAGGCGCUCGGCAACGGGUUCCCCAUCGGCGCGACGAUUGUGAGUGAGAGCGUGGCGAGCAAGAUCGUGACGGGGGACCAUGGGACGACGUUUGGGGGCAACCCGCUGGCGUGCAGGGUCGCGCAUUAUGUACUCUCUAGGUUGUGCGAGCCGGAACUGCAGAGGGGCGUGCUGGCGAAGGAGAAGGUGUUUCGGAAGGGGUUUGAGAGGCUGCGGCGGCGCUUUCCAGAGGUCGUGACGGAGGUUAGGGGCCGUGGUCUGAUUUUGGGAUUGCAGCUGAGUAGAGAUCCGACGCCGGUGGUUACCGCGGCAAGGGAGCGUGGGUUGUUGGUUAUUACGUGCGGGACGAAUACGCUGAGGUUUGUGCCGCCGUUGGUGAUUAGUGAGGAGGAGAUCGAGCAGGGGAUGCGGAUACUGGAGGAGGCCAUGCAAGUGGUCUUUAAGACGGAUGAGAAGGUGCCGGGGACGAAGGGGCAGGAGGAGAUGCAAGAUUCGUAG